CCAAUUCAAUUGCUAUCGAAAAGUCCGAGGAAAAUAUACAAUUCAUUUGCAAAUUAGGUUUAUACGCAUUUAAAAUUUCUACGUAUCUCGAAGGGAAAAGGUUGUGUGAAAGUAUACAUUUGGGAAAAGCAAGUAUCUGCGCCAAAGCCACCGCGGAAUCGCCGCAAUUUGCCCGUCCGUUUGCCACGGAAAGUAUGAGGAAGAGCUGCGACUGAGGAUUGCCAACGAAAGGCUGGUGGAACGAGAGGAGAGCAGUGGAUCGGAUCAGCUGUAGCUGUAGUAGAGGGCCGUUGAAACAAUUUGCGACCAACCACAACAAAAGAGUGCAGCGUCAUGUUCGGAUUUGACGGCGAGUACCGCCGCCGUCCAGUGCAAAGUCUGGGUGGAGCCUCCCACACCUGCGACCGAGACACUGUGAUACGGAAGGCAGCCAUGGAGCGCCAGAAGCGAAAUGAAUUGCGCCAGAGGGUCAACGGGGCAGUAGUACUGCAGUCCUAUGCCCGUUCCUUCAUUCACCGUCAGCGAAGAAAGCGCGCGGAGCGAGAGGCCUUUGACGCCUACCUGCUGGCUAAUAAAGAUCGCAUGACCGAGGACAAUAGCCUGACCUUCCUGCUCCGACGUCUGAACUUCUUCUACAGCAGCCGCGAUGCCAAGGAUGGUGAGAGAUUGAUCGAGAUAUGUCAGCAAAUCUUGCGACAGCCGGGACGACUCCUACAGCACUCAUCUCAGGACUCCUCGUGGCUAUUGAGGGUCUGCAGACUACUGGACACAUGCCUGCUCCAGCUGACCACGUCACACACAUCGCAGGCCAUCCCGCUGCGCAUGCUAGAAACUUUCACCACCUUCUCGUCUGUGCGUCGCUACUUGGAGGAUGAAGUCCAGCUGUUUAGGUAUCUGGAGCGAGUAUUCGGCUUUCUUAUUGUGCGUGACUACUUUGUUCGCCUGCGUCGGCUGCUGGACGACAAGUGUCCGCCCCUGGACGGGGAGACUCUGAAUGCUCCCAGUCCGCUGGCCGACGCCUUGCUUCAACUCUUGCUGAGACCGCUGGUUGUGGCCAAACGCGCUUCCGCUGGCGGCCAAGUUUCGUCCAUGUCACUAUCCGUUUGUCAGAACUUUGUUCGGGACAUCCUGGCCACGCCACACACAGAUCCUUUGCGUUAUUUCGUUUUGCCAUGUUUGGCCCAGAGCUCAGAGUUUCCAUUUGACUUGUUAAUACGAUCACUGGUCGAAGCCCUGGAGUCGGCGAUGCCAGUGGAUUCCGAAAACACAUCCAGUCGUCGCAGUUUUCUAUUCCAUGGGGUGGAAGCGGGGCAGAGGCCCCAAGCUCAGCCCAUUGAGGUGUUGUUUUCCUCGUUCUUACUCAACUCUCUUUUGGUUCUCGAUCGAAAACAAUUAGCGCAAUUGCAACAGGAUUCAUUGCUGGUUGUCUAUAUACGGCUCAUUGCGGAAAUGAUGCCCAACAUUCUUCAGUUGCCCAAGUCCACGUUGCGAAGCCAGGCCAAUGCCCCACACCGGCAUAGGGAUAGUGACGAUGAGUCUGACGAUUCCGAUGAGGAUGAGGAUCAACCAUCGGCCCGCACCUUAGAUUACGAUAUGGAGCAGUCGUGCCGAACCAGCAGCGAACUAAGUGAAAAGGAGUGCGAAAGUUUGCUGGAGUCUAUCGCCAUACUGAACGAAACGGAGAGAGUGGACUUUAUUGUCCAGCAGCUGGAUCCCCAUAUCGACAAUGGCCAGCUUAUCUAUGCCCUUUGCGAGAUUUGUCACAACCUGAUGAUCUACAACAAGCACGCGGUCUUCGAAUACAAAUUACUUUAUACUUUGGCCUUCACCCCAAAGUUUAUACGUGCUGUAUGGUUUAAGUUGGCAGCAGAGUCCACUCAGCUCGGAUUCUCUGCUCCGCUCACCCUCAUUUCCAAAGGUGUUGUUCCCAAACAACAAGGCGUAGAUCGCACUAUACCCCUGUUGGCCACAUUCUGCAUGCUCUUUGGUCGGCUACUGCCCACCUUGCAUGACGUGGAGUUCGUGGAGAACAAGCUUCUGAUGCAGGCUCAGAGUACCAUCAACCAUGUUAGGCUUAUGCCGUUCUCCAUUGCCGAAAUCGUGCAAAUGUCAAAAACAUUAAAGGACAUAAGCUUGGGCCUUGUGGAGCUGGCCUUCCCAGAGACUCGCACCAAUUUGGCCAACUACCGCAACGUUCUGGGCCACACGGAAGCGGAUGACAAGAAGCUGCGGCAUCAGAAGCAAAUCUGGGCCAACUUGCUAAAUGUGGUUGUCUUUGUUCUUAACCAAAUCCACACCCGUGACUUACGUUUGGGCUUUUGUCCGGAGUCGCACUGGACUGUGAGUCGGCUAGACUUGCCGCUGGACAGACCAACGGAUCUACCAUUGACCCAUAGCAGUCGCCUGCGAGGUAUCCGACCAUUCCAACCGAUACGCGACUUUACGCGCGAAGAUUUUGAGAAUGGACCGCCCAUGUCCACAAAGCAGAUUCGUUCGAUUACCAUAUUACGCGAGAUUCCCUUUGUGGUUGCUUUCAAUAAGCGGGUAAGCAUUUUGCAGGGCCUUGUUGCGGCUGACAAGAUGCGGGUGCAGGGUCACCUUCAAGCCUUCCUGCAAGGCCCCUCGAUUAUGCUUACGGUGAGGCGGUCGCAUCUUUAUGAAGAUGCCUACGACAAGUUGCGUCCAGAGAAUGAACCUGAUUUGCGUUUAAAGUUCCGCAUUCAGUUCGUUUCCUCGCUGGGACUCGAUGAGGCGGGCAUCGAUGGGGGCGGAGUUUUUCGGGAAUUCUUGUCGGAACUCAUCAAAACCGCUUUUGAUCCCAACCGCGGUUUCUUUAUGGUAACCACUGACAACAAGCUUUAUCCCAAUCCAAACGUUGCCGAUCUUUUCGAAGACUACGAAAAACACUAUUACUUCAUAGGCCGUAUUUUGGGAAAGGCCAUAUACGAAAAUCUCCUGGUAGAGCUACCAUUAGCCGAAUUCUUCUUAACAAAGCUGGCCGGUAAAUACUCGGACGUGGACAUUCAUCAGUUGGCUUCAUUGGACCCGGAGUUGUACCGUAAUUUGCUGUAUCUGAAGGACUACACGGGGGAUGUUAGCGAACUGAAUUUGGACUUCACGGUGGGCAGCAGUUCCCUGGGCCAGACACAGAUUGUGGAACUGAAACCGCAAGGACAGAGCAUACCAGUGAGCAAUUCGAAUCGUAUAGAGUAUCUGCAAUUGAUGGCCGACUACAAGCUCAACGUGCAAAUACGUCGCCACUGCAAUGCUUUCCGAAAGGGUCUGUCAAAUGUGUUGCCCAUUGAAUGGCUUUAUAUGUUCAGCAAUAAGGAGCUUCAAAUACUCAUCUCGGGCGCCGAGAUACCAAUUGAUCUGGAGGAUCUCAAGAAGCAUUGCAAAUACGGGGGCGAGUUCACACCAGAACACCCCUCAAUCGUUGCCUUCUGGACGGCACUUGAGGGCUUUGAUGAUCUGCAGCGACGGCAGCUGCUCAAGUUUGUCACCAGCUGCUCCAGGCCACCACUACUGGGUUUUAAAGACCUGCAUCCUCCUUUCUUUAUUCAAAAUGCCGGUGACAUGGAACGACUGCCCACGGCCAGCACCUGCGCCAAUCUGCUCAAGCUGCCGCCCUUCAAUAACGUCGAACAAAUGCGCGAAAAACUGCUCUACGCCAUACAGUUUGGUGCUGGCUUCGAGCUUAGCUAAUUUGGUUUAGAAAGCUCAACCUUAGGAGUCGUUCAUUCGCAAGAAACAUAUCCAAAACUAAUCCAAAUCCCAGCCCCGCAAACUAUUGCUAACAUCCCACCUGGCAGAUGACAGAUGGCAGACAGAAAGGCAGUCGAUAGGAUCCCAGGCCGGCAGGCAAGCGGUGCAACUAUUCCAGUUAAUAUACAUACAACUAAUGUACAAUAUGAAUUUGAUUGUAAUUUCGUAGAGUGAAGUAGGAAGCUUAAAGAGGUCUGUUUAUCAAUUUUUUCUUUGUAGUUCGUUUGAGUUUGUUUUUCGUUUAACAAAAUAUAAAUGUAAAUCAAAGGAAAGCCAUUUAAGAUUAUUUCAAUAAAGGGCAAGCGUCGAACGUUUGGCGAAACCGA